AUGCACCUUACCAUCGCGCCACUGUGGCGCCAGGGAAUUAUAACCGAACAAACACCCCAGAAGAGCCCCGGCCACGCAUGCGUUUGUGUCAGCAUCUCCUGCCUCAAAGCAAGCAGCAUGUGGUGGUUUGGCGGCUCCGUCGUCGCUUCUGCCUUUGAGCCCGUCGGAGUACAAUCCGAUCGAGACGCGCCUCUAGCUCGACUUGUCACCCACUCAUCGGCCCACCCAAAAGCCUCCUCGAUAAUCUCAUCUACGUUCUACUUCUCCGUGCAGAAUGCCGCGAAUGAGCCCUGUCACGGCACAACAGCUUACGAUGCACCGGGGAUCUGCAUGGGUGAUGCCUGA